AUGGACCUCGCUCACCAAGCCUUAGUCGACAAUGUGCCAUUAACGAAGCGGUAUCUGUCUUUCGUGAAGCCUGAGAGUGGAGCUAAGAAGAAGCUGACCAGUGUUCUUAGUGAUAUGUACUACAAGGAUGUCCCCCUCUUCAAAAGUCAGGGAACUGUUGAUCGACUGAUCGAUGAUCUUGCCGUGACAUUGGGCCUAGAACGGGCCGACCUCAAAAUUCGCGCUGCAUCGAAGGGCCUUAUAUGCGGCACUGGACUGACAAUUCACCUUCUCGAAGGCGAAGUGAUUUCUAUUAACGACUUGGAGACAACCUUCCGGCAGCAUAUUCCAAUCGUUGCACUUGUCGAUGGUGACGCGUAUGGACUCGACAUCCUAUCGGUGUACAAGUACGGCAGCCACAGCCUACGACAUGAGAACAAAAAACUCGCAGCAAAACGAAUCGAAUGGCUUGGCAUCUGGGCAUCUGAAAUUGCAGACCUUGAAAUCGACUUGGACACGCUGAUCCCGAUCACGUUGCAUGAUGAGAAGAAGGCACUCGCGGUACUCAGCCGUCCCACCGAUGUUGUGCCCACGAAAUGGAGGCAGGUAAAAGAGCUCACGCGGAUGCUCCAUAUCCGAAGGAAGGCUGAAAUCGAGAUUCUGUCGAGCUCCUCAAGUCACAAGUCCAAUUCCCUUAUACAUUACUUGGCUCAUAAAAUCCGCUACUUUAUCGAGAUGUCUGCCUGA